AUGGAAGUCGAAUAUUUCUAUUCAUGGAUACUAAAAAAGGGUGUGAUUAGAUUGCUAGGCAGCUCUGCAUGGAUGGAUGGCCCGCACUUUCAAUUCAAGGAGACAAAAGUCAAGAAGAAAGAGGUAAUUGAAGUAGUUUCUUUGGAAAUUGUCAAUAACUUUGUUGGAAAAGAUAAUUUUGAAACUGAGAUGCGGACAGUGAGAAAGUACUUGGAAGAUUUUGGUUAUGUGAGUAUAAGAAAGAUCCAAAAAAUGGUGAACUUGAAGCUCUAUCUUUUGGUUUUAAUCUAUGUGAAGAUGUGGACACAAGGGAACAUGUUUAAUUUUGGUUUUACUCAUGGUUGCUUACCAAUGCAAAGAUGGGAUGAGCUAAACAAUUUUCUUCUUCUAAAAAUAUGUUUCAGGGUUAAAGUUAUAUUUGGAUUAAAUGAUCUUACCGGAAGAUCUUUUACUUGUGAUGUUGGCGUUGUUGCUGCUGUUGGACUUUGGAACUAUGCCAAUGCACCUGGUGUGGUUUGUUUCCUCUUCCUUUCUUCUUCCUUUCCUCUUCCUUUCUUCUUCCUUUCUUCUUCCUCUCAAACCCAAAUUCCCAAAUCAAAUUUCCUCCAUCCCAAAUUGUUGAAGAAGAAUAAGAGAAAUUUGAAGAAGAACACCAAGAGCUACACAAGAAAAAGCAAAUUAAGUGAAGAAAUUAUAUAG